AUGCACAACCUCACACUUGAAAGCCUGCCUACUGCUCGUGCUGCGAUGGCGCCUGUCACAUCUGAUUCGAACAAUACAGCACUCCAUCUGUUCAUCAUUAUAUUCAUAUUCUUGUCCCUGUCACUGCUCGCGCACGCUUUAGCUUAUUGCUCAGAGCCCGACGUAGAUGUCGAAGCAGCAACUGUAGCAGAUAUGACCCCUAUUGUCUGUGAUGGCAUUCAUGAGGGGGGGCUACUAGAAAAUAGCGAUGGGGAGUCUUUGCCUGAAUACUCCGAGAUGGAUCUGUAUGGCGCACCGGUGUACAAGGACACCGACGAGCGUGAGUCGGGGGUAUGGAAUGUGGCGACGAUGUCGAUGAUGGGGAUCUCACGAGCUUACUGGAUGCGUAGCCGAGUGUUCCUUCGUGGUGAGCUGCUAAUAGUCAGCGCAGCAUUACAUCCUCUUGGGAACGUUUAG